AUGACGGUAAACGCAGAUAGCCAGAGAGUCGGCCCUGGCGCUGGUGUCGACUCUGAGCGUCGCGAUGUCGAGUCUCUCUCGCCCAAACACUCUGCUCAUACCACUGUUGUUCCCAUUCCUGAUGAAGAAACGCCCCUCAUCUCCGAGAAUGGCACAGCGGCGCCGGCCUCAACUGAGCCCCAAUGGCUCGGCGGCCUGACGACUAAGCGUUUCCAGCUUCUCUUCCUCCAGAUCGUCAUCGGCAACUUUGUCGCCUGCUUUGACGGCACCAUCAUGGCGUCCAGCCACCCAGCCAUCACGUCGUCCUUUGGUAGCAGUAACGCGGCAUCGUGGUUGUCGACCGCCUUCCUGCUGACGUCGACCAGCUUCCAGCCUGUCCUGGGCAGCCUAUCGGACGGUUUGGGCAGAAAAAGCCCUUACGUCGCGACUGUCGCUAUCUUCUUGGUAGGCACGGCGGCGUGCGCGCUGGCACCGAGCAUGGGUGCGUUCAUUGCGGCGAGGGCGCUGUGCGGUCUGGGUGCUGGCGGUAUGAUGACGCUCGGUAUCAUCAUCUUGAGCGACGUCGUGCCGAUUGAGAUCCGGGGCAAGUAUCAGGGCUACCUGAAUGUCGUCUUUGGCGUCGGCUCAAUGAUGGGCGCCGCUCUGGGCGGUCUCAUGGCCGACACACUCGGUUGGCGAUGGGAGUUUGGUGUUCAGGUGCCGCUGCUAGUUGGCUGCUUGGCGCUCUCCAUGGUCAUCGUCCCUGCCGAUCUGGGUUUGUAUGGCAGAGAGCAGAAGCCGCUAGGCGAGGUUAUGCGCAACUUCGACCUCCGCGGUUCCAUCCUGAUGGCCAGUUCGGUCACAUGCCUUAUCAUUGGCCUGGUAGGUCUUCGCGGGUACUCCUCACGUCUCGACACCGAUGCUGACUUCCCGCAGAGUCUCGGAGGGAAUAUCCUUCCCUGGUCUCACCCCGUUGUGAUUGCCUCUCUCGUCCUCUUCGCCAUCCUCUUUCCCAUCUUCCUGCACGUCGAGUCGAAUCCGCCAGCCGGGGUCAAGCCCGUCAUGCCAAUCCAUCUUCUCACCAAGCAACCGCAAUCCAACCUCCUCUUCUCCAACCAUCUCGCCUUCCUGGUCUCCAGCGCCGUAAUCUUCAACGCCCCCUUGUAUUUCCAGGGCGUUCUCCUCACGUCGGCCACGACCUCCGGUCUGCGCCUGGUCGCUUCGAGCGUGGUGACCUCCAUCGUCGGCACCACGACCGGCUUCCUCAUCACCUACACCCGCCGCAUGAAGUGGGCGGUGGCCGGCGGCACGGCGAUUCUCACGGCAGGCACUGCCCUGCUGGCAGCUCAGAGGCCCGGCUGGCCCGGCUGGGUGUACGUGCUGUUCCUGGUGCCGCAGGCCGCGGGCUGCGGUCUUGCCUUCCCUGGUACUCUCAUGGCCGUGCUGGCUGUGGCGCCGCAGGAGGAGCAGGCCGUGGUGACAGGCACGCUGACCCUGUGGCGGAGUCUGGGCAGCGUUAUGGGUGUCGCGACGAGCUCCCUUGUGAUGCAGAACGCGCUGCGGGUGUACCUGGAGAAGUACGUGAGCGCUCCAACUCUGGAAGAGAAGGAGAAGAUCGUGCAGCUGGUGAGGAAGUCGGUCGAGGCCAUCAAGGCGCUGCCCGACGGCUAUCGCGCGCAGGUGGUGACAAGCUACGGUGCGGCGUUGAGGGUGACGUUUGUGGCGACUUGCGUGGUUGCUGCGCUGAGUAUGCUGCUGGUGUUGCCGGUGAGGCUGCCGAAGCUGACGAAAAAGACAUAG